UUAUAAUUUAUAUUAGAAUAAAAAAUGGCGACCACCAGGAAAACAUCUCGGUUGAAGUCAACGACAUUAAAUAAUGAUAGUAAUUCUCCAUCUCCAGUUUCAAAAAGACGAAAGUCUAAUAGCGUAAGAUAUAAAAUUUUGUACCAACAAACAUUAUCAUUAAAUUAAACCAAGCUAGCUUUUUCUAGUUGCUAAAUUACCAAGUUGAAUAUUCAGGGCAGGCUACUCUACUACUACUUGCCUCUACUGUAGGUACUUUGAUUAGAAAAUUAAAACUUUUUGUAAAAAUAAACCAAUGGCAUAGUUCAAUAGAGCUAAUUUUUAAAGAAUUUUAACACCAAAAUCAUAUUUUUAAGUUUUAGUUUUAAAGUUAUGAAUUUUUAAAGUUCGACUUUUUUUGUCCUUUUUUAACAUGGACGGCAUCUCCAAAUUAUGUGACCCAAUUCUGUUGUUCACGUUACGAACUCUUUUUUCAAUGAUAAUUUUAUUUUCAAAACUAAUGCUGUAUUUAAAAUAAUUUUAAUAAUGUUAACAAUUAUAAAUAAAUUUAUGCACCAUUUAUAUCAGUAAAUGUAAUAAAAUAGUAAUAUAAUGUAUAAAUAUAUGGCUUUUCUGUUCACCAAAUCUACAACGUCCAUUAUACCGAUAUAUGCUAUUUUCCUAUAUAGUCUAUAUAAGGAAACUCAUGCCCUAAUUACUAAAAUACUGUUUGGAAACUAUUGAACUUACAACUUUGGUUCAUGACUAAUUAAUUACAGUUUUCUCUGACCUAGUUUAAUAGUUUUUGCACACGGCGUGACGCGGCAGACUUUUAUGAAUGAAAACUCGAGAUAGUAGUAAAUAAUAGCCAUUAUGCAAGUAGGGAAUGGCCGACAUGAUAUUUUGCACACAGCAAAUUAUGAUCAUUUAUAAUAAUGGACUCUGGCCGGGUUUUUUAACCUCAAAUUAAAACAAUAUUCUUUCAAUAACAUUUAAGUUCAUUCCAAAACAUAAGUUAUCAAAUAUUUUGAUGUAAAUAGUAUAAAUAAUUGAAUAUUUCCUAAGUAACGGCGUCUUCCAUCAAUGAAAGGGCCCGUGGCCCCUUCCUUAUCGAAAUUAAGCUGAGCUACAUUACCAUAUAGGGAUUUACUCAAAUGAGCAUAACAAGUGACCGACAUGUCCUAACUCAAUGAGAAUUGACACAAAUACACAUCGAUAGAUAAUAUAGAAUAAAACUUUUUUUCAAAGACAUAAAAGUUGGACUUCUAUACGAAUUUUAUAGUGAAAGAUGCCUUAUAUUUAAAGGGGAAUCUCAAAAUACAGGUCGAUUGAAAAAUUAAAACAAAUUAAUGUAAAUGUAGGCCAAGAUGUCUACCUAAUUAUAAGGCCGGAAACGGAACUCAAAUAUAUGUCGAAAGUACUCAUUUAAUAAUAAAUAGACACACACAUCGGAAAAUGAAAAACUCAGAUUUUUCGGCACCAAUUUCUAUUUCCGAUACACAAAAAGUAGUAGUCUCCCUUGUUUCAUCGAAGUAUCUAUCUACUGCUAGCUACUAAUACUUAAAAUACUAUCUUAUUACUAAGUCACUACCUGGUUACACUUAAAAGUUAUAACUUCAAAUCUCACUUUUCUUUACCACUUUGUGAAUAUGAUUCAAAGUUUGAAUUUGUUUGUCCUUUUUUCACUAUGGACUGCAUCUCCACAUUUUGACUCUGUGACCUGAUUCCACUGUUUUACCCUAUAUUAUAUUAGGUACUUUGAUAAAAAAAUUAAAAACUUUUUGUAAAAAUAAACCAAUGGCAUAGUUGAAUUUUUAAGCUAAUUUUUAAAAGAAUAAUAACACCAAAAUCAUAUAUUUAGCUAUUGUAGUUUUAAAGAUAUGAAUUUUUAAAGUAUGACUUCGUUUUUCCUUUUUUAACAUGGACCGCAUCUCCACAUUCUGUGACCCAAUUCCACUGUUUGCGUCACGAGCUAUGUAACUCUCAUUUUAAUGAUAAUUUUAUACGUCUUUUAUUUUUAGAACUAAUGCUGUAUUAAAAAAUAAUUUUAAUAAUGUUAUACAAUUAUAGAUAAAUUGUAGCUUAUCUAACUAUGCAAUAUGUAUAUCAGUAAAUUUAAUAUAAUGUAUUUAUAUAUGAAAUAUAUGGCUUUUCUGUUUACCAAAUCUAUGGCAUCCAUUAUACUAUAGAUGCUCUUUAGUCUAUAUAAGGCAAUGCUCUAAUUACUAAAAUGCUGUUUGGAACUACUUAUUUUGAACUUUCAACUUUGGCACAUGACUAAUCAAUUAAAGCUGACCAAUGGUUUAAUAGUUUUGCAAACGGCAAACUUUUAUGAAUGAAACUCUGAGAUAUAACUACGUAUAGCCAUUAUGUAAGUGCAUGUGAAUGGCUGCCCAUGGUGUGACAGUUUGCACACUGAAAAUUAUGAUCAUGUAUAAUAUGGACUCUACUGAGUAUUUUAACCUCAAAUUAAAAUAUUAUUCUUAUGAUAACAUUAACAUUUAAGUUCAUUCUAAAACAUAAUUUAUCAAAUAUUUUAAUGUAAAUAGUAGUAAUAAUUAAAUAUUUCCUAAGUAUCGGCAUCUUCCUCCAUUACAAAGGGGUUGUGGCCCAUGCCAUGUCGAAAAUAUGCUGAACAACCUUAUGGUAAUGCAGGUUACUAUGACAAGCCUAGUGAAUGUCAGACUCAACCUACAUCAAUGAAAAUUGGUACACAUAUACAUCAAUAUACAAUGCUUUUACAGUUUUAAUGUGAAAGUGCUUAAUCAUUGAAUUUCUAUAAAAAAUUUUGAGGGAAAGAUGCCUUAUAUUGACAUACCAUUUUCCUCUCUUAAAGUUGAUUUAAAGAACAAAAAAACUCAAUGGGAAUGUAGGUCAACAUUUCUCCUAAUGGGAAUGGGCGGAGUCAAACCUUAAUUAUGGGCCAAAAGGACUCUUGUAUUAUUAAAAUAAGACUCAAAUAAAAGUAAAAACUCGGAUUCCUUUGAGCCGAGGCCCAUUUCCGAUACAAAUUUUCUAGGAGUGUCCCUUGCUUCGGCGAAGUACCUAAUAUUAUAUAUCUCUUUGUUUUAAUGAUAAUUUUUUGUAACUUUAUUUUAAGAAUUAAUAUUAUACUGAAUACUGUAUUAAAAUUUCUCAUUAUAAAAAAGUAAUUUUAACAAUAUUAAAUAACUUAUUCAUAAAUUUAACACAUGGAGCUAUGUACAAUGUGUUAUCAGAAAAUUAAACAUAUAUGAUUUUGCCGAUAUUGCUAUUUUAUUUACCUAUACUAAAGAGUCUAUAAUACUUAUCUAGUCUAUAUAAAGCAACUUGGCACAUGACAAUUAAAGCCUUUCUUUACCAGUGGUUUUAUAGUGUUUGCAUUUGGCAAACUCUUAUGAAUGAAACUCUGAGAAAAAUACUAUAUAGAACAGCCAUUAAGCAAGUGACUGAAUGGUAUAACCCAUGACAACAUAUGCACACAGCAAAUAAUGAUAAUUUAUAAUAUGGACUGCAAUAACAUAUAAUUUUCAAAAUUUCGAGUUGAUUGAAAAAGCAAAACAAGUCAAUGGAAAUGUAAGUCAAGAUGUCUUCUGAAGUGAAAGGGAGUAAAUGGAAGGCAAUUAUAUAUCAAGAGCACAUAUUCAUGAAUGAAUUGACACUCUUUUAAAAAAAAGGCAGAUUUUACUGCGCUAACACCCACUUCCAUGCACAUUGCGUAGUAGUCUCUCUUGUUUUACCAAAGUACUUAUAUAGUAGAUGUAGCAGCUGUUCUGUUGCUUGUACUUGAAUCUGGGAGUUACUCUGAACUGAGUGCAUUUUUUUUUUGUUGCAAUAAGACAUACUUUUUUGCUAUAUAUGUCAAUAACUAAUGGAUUAGGCACACUGACAGUUGUAUCCACAAGUAGUUUAAAAAUUUUUAAAAAUUGUUUCAGUUUCAAAAAUAAAAAAAUAGCCUGUAUUCAUUUUUAGAAAAUAAGAUGAGAAUGUUACAGAAAUGAAAUUUGUGCCUGGCUUGAUCAGUUUUUAACUAGGCCCAUCUAUACAUCUUUAAAACAUGAGUCAUGAGUUUGUGUAUCCUAUUUUACUUUGGUAACUCACUGUCUCAGUGUCCAUUUAUUUCUGAUAUUUUACCCUCAUUUUGCCAAUCUAAUCUGUUAAUUUAGUUUUCAUUCUUCUUCGUCUUUAUAUUAAGGGCCCACGAUCAAUUUAUUGAUCAUUUUGGCUCCUAUGCAAGUAGAGGGGAUUUGCAAUGUUUCUGUGCCUGGUGUUGACGAGGAUAUUUCACUGAUUCCGUCAAUUCAAUUUUUUAUUUAUGUAUUUUGAAAUUUGAAGAAGAAAACAACGAAAAUAUUUUUUAUUUACAUAUAAUUUUGUGUUUCAGAACAAUUUUGGAGUGCCUUCUUUUUACUGAUUUGCUUAUGUUCUAGUUAUUUCUGUUUUAUUAAUUAGCAGCUUAUUUUAAAAAAAUGAGUAACUAAUUUAUUUAUGUCUUGCUCAGACCUUUUUAAUUGGUCACGAAUGAAUUAAAUUUUUUUUAUAGAUUUAUGGGAUUGUGUAUGGAUGAUCACCUAAUUAUCUGUUAUUUAAUUUCAUCAGCCUUUGGUUGUGGUGCCUCCUACUAACAUUAUAGUCCAGGAAGACACUGACAGUUUUAUAUUACCAGAAGAUGCUGAGUUAGCGGAGGAAGUUGUUGUAACUGAAGAUGUCAUAGCCACGAUAGAUGACACACAGUCCGCAUCUGAUAGUCUGACAGAUUCCUUAUCAUUGGUUCAAACGACGGUCUCAGCACCAGGUGGUAAUUUGGUAUCUGAAGACACCACAGAUUCAGAUAGACCAAGUUCAGCUUUUGUUUUUAAAGAUCCUAAUUUCGUUGUGAGUAUAUUAUUCUUUUUUAGUAGUCUGCAAAUUAACCAGUAAAUGAUAAUAAAGCCCUCUCAAAACAGGAGUGGAAGAAAAAAUAUUCUGAAAUUUAUUUGCUUAAAAUUUCACUAUUAAUAAACUAUAAGUUUGUAAAAUUUAGAUAUUCACCUAGUUUUGUAAUUAAAAUUCAAACAUUUAAACAAAUUAAAAUGAAUUAAGAAAAUAUUUUAUUGCAAAAGAAAAUUUGAAUUGCAUUUAAUUUUUAGAAUGCUGAUAUUUACAAUUUUAUAAUAAAAAUAUUUCUUGUCUGAGUAAUUUAAACUUCAUGCUAUUCUAAGACCACCAUAUGUGAGGCUGAGCUUUUGAAGUGCAAAAAAUAUUGAUUUUUACUUUACAGCAUUCCAGCAAAGGCAUCGGUGGAAACAAAAGAAUUAGAGUGUGGAAAAACCUCAAACAAAUAGUGGCAGCUGAGAGAGCUUUGCCUUGGAGACCAAAUGACGUGACCUGUGGGUGUAUAUGUAUUGACUUUGAUAUGUCUUAUUAUCCAGAAACUCAGCAUUUCUUUUUAAUCAUUUCUUUUGCCUCUUGACACUGUUUAUGAAUGCCACCUAUCUAGGGUGUGAGGUAGAAGUGGGCAAUGGUAACACAAGACACUGUUUAUCAUGGCAGUGACCUUGUCCUUGUUUAGCAACUGGCCAAUGUUUGUUUUAUCUUCCUACCUGUCGGCCAACACUGCUUAUAUAUGCUGUGAAGAUUUUCACAUUCUGUCUUAUUCCUCUUCUCACAGUGCCAACUUAUGCAUUUUUCUUAUAUCAUUGCUUGAAAUAGCAUGAGAAAACAAAUGACACAUUGAAAAUAGUGAUUCAUCAUAAUUGCAAAAUACCUUAAACUUAUUUUCAUUCGUUAUUCCAUUUAUAAUAAAAUUUGUAAUUACUCCAUUAGUGAAUAAAAUUUAUUGGUUGGUUAUUAGAUGCUUUACUCAAUAAGCUGAUUUAUUCAUAUCACCAACCAUCUUUAAUUGCCAAUUAAUAAUAAUUAAUAAUAAUUUGUUAUCAUCUUUUAAUGUAUUUCACAGAUGGUUCAAUUGAUGCUCCACCCUCCUUCAGGCCAGCCAAAAAAUAUUCCGAUAUUUCAGGACUGGAGGUAAAUUAUGAGACCAGUAAAUCAAUCUUAAAAAACUGUUUAAAUAAAAAAGAUGCUUUGAGGGUUUGUAAGAUAUUUAAAUUUAAUUAAAAAAAAUCAGUUUAAUAAUUUAGAGAAAUAUUUUAUUGUUAUGUUCCGUGUUUUUAUAUCUUUCACAAGAAAAAAAUAAGUCUGCCUGCUGGUGCAAUAAUGUUGCCUGCCCCUUGACCCAUGGGGAGUUUUGUUAUCCAAAGCUGAGUCAUUAUCUGUGUGGAAUGGAUUUGGUAGUAAAAUAAAUGGAACAUGUAAACUCUGAGUAAAAACAUCUCAGCCAUUAAAGUGGGAUUAAACUAUUGUUUUUGGAAAAUGAGCUUUAGUUUUUCAAACGCAGCUGUUGGAUUGUAAAAGUAUUUUUUUUUUUUAACUGACUUUAUCCACAUGUAAUUUUUUGUAAUGGAAAACAGCUCCUAAAUAUUUGUUUCCUUUAACGUAAUCACUUAUUUAAUUUUCAGGCUAAAUACACAGAUCCACAAACCAAGAUGCGUUUUGCCAACUCAGAUGAGUACAGGAGAGUCAAGUUAUUGCCCAGUGAUAUUAUUACAGGAUGCCUACAACUGAGAAAAGCUAAUACUCUUAUUCCUUGAAUUUACCCAUGUUUUUUUUUUAUUUCCUUCAAAUGAAAUAUAUAUUGAUGCACAGACUUCAAAAUUUUUAUUGUUUUAUUUAAGCUGGGUUUUAUGUCUGAUGGUCUCGAUCAAAUCUUAAAAUCAAUUUUUAUCUCAUUGAUUUUCUAGAAUUUUUUACACAAGAAAUUUUAGUGAUAAUAUCAUAACUUCAUUAGUAUUUAAGUAUUUCCCUGAGGGACAUUAGGUGGCCUCCACCACCCAUGAAGUCAGAAAAGUGUUAACAGCCUACAUCACUACAUGAAACAAUGCUCAUGUGCAGUUUUGCAUAAGCGAAAUACAUUACAAAUUAAAAAACAACCAAUUUUUUUCUGCAGUUAACAAAAUAUCUGAACACAUCAAGCUCAAGGUAAAAAAAUUUGAAUACAACUUUAUACUGUGUUGCUCAAACAAAAAAAAAAGAAAACAAUAUUCUUCAGCUGCACAUUUUUAUUCAUAUGUGACCAGAGGCGUAGAGAGGGUGUUAGGCGCCCGGGGACAAGAUUCGCGUCCGGGGACAAGAUCCAUUUUAAAGCGCCCUUUUUUUCUUAUUUUCAACUCUCAAGCCCAUUAUUUUCAUCAAAAUAAUAUCAAAGCACAUUUUGGCGCCCCUAACUAGCUGGCGCCCGGGGGACAUCUAUCCCCCCCCCCCUGCCCUCCCCCCUCACUACGACUCUGUAUGUGACUAAAAAAAUUUGGGGGCCUAUAAAAAAGAAUCCCUUCAGUAGAUCUGACAGGGAUAUUUAAUUUGUGAGCAUACUGGUGGGUUUUUGUUGUUGAAAGAACUGAGUAUAAGAAGUUGAAAGUAAAUUAGUUUUGAAAUGUACCUGCAACACUUGUAGUGACUAGAGAAAUUAGAUCAAAUGUCACUGAACUGUAGUCUGUAAAAUGUCAGUACUUUACCUUCAUGUUCAGAAGAAAACCCAUAGUAAAAAGUAAAAAGCUCACAUGAAAAAAACAUGUAAAGAAAAAAUGCACAGGAAUGUUCACAUGAAACAUUUUUGCUUGUUCCAAAUGAUAAGGAAAAUUAAAGGAUAC